UUGCUACUAACAUUAAAGACAAACAAAGCGAAAACCGACAAAUUCUUAAGGAAAACAUUGAACUCAAGUCCCAAAUGGAUGCACAAAAUAUCAAGAAUAGACACUCGAGUCAAACAACUCAUGCAAACCUGUCGUCGGCUUCAUUUGGUCCGAUGUUUGACAACAGACACAGCGAUCACUCGAAACGCUAUUUUAUGGACAGUUUGAUCGAACAUCAGACCAAAUCAGACAUCGACUCUCAUUCGGGUGCAGCCGUCGGUCCGCCGCCUCUACUCAAAGACGGUAUUAAUCGCUCAAAGAGUGAUCCGUCAAAGUCUUCAGCUUCGAGUUCCAGUCAUAAGCACUCGACCUCUCCAUCACUCUCUAGUCCUAAACCUAAAGACAGUCUCAAAAAAGACAAAUCAAAUGAUGAAAAGGACGACAAAAGCAAAAUUAAGCUCAAAGAGGAGGGCGUAAAGCCUACAAUGGAAACGACUGGACCGCCGCCUCCGCCUACAAAUGGCUAUUAUUUCAACCCCUCGUACUUAGCGCCACACUUCUCACCCUUCGAUCACUCGCACCCAAUGUUUAGGGCCGGCUCUAUGAGUCCCGUAAUGAUGGGAAACCCCUAUUCACAACAAUACCUUCCCCCACAAUUGCGUUACCAUUUGUCUCCUGUGGCACCUCCCAGUCCCAUUGGAUCGAUGGAUAUACCGGGUGCGCCACCCAUUAACCCUCCGAAUGACCCUUUAGUGUCUAAAAUGCAUUCAAAUGCACCGAAUCCUAAGAAUGUGGAUCUAAUGCAUCCCGUGUCACACUUUGGAACUCAUAAAAUACAUGAACUCCAGGAAAGAGCUAUAAUAUCCCCGACGGCCACAUCCAACACAAGUCCCCAUCACCUGCAGUCCUCGUCUAAAGCGGUACCACCGGGUAGUCUGGCGGUGCCCUCCACUAAAUCCAUGGGUUCGGCUAUCUCUGAAUGUUCUGCUCUCUCGAGUCCCACAAAAGAAGACGCCAGUGAUAUAAAGUCAGGCGACCGGCAGCGGUCACCCCCUCCCCAGAGACACCUGCAUACCCACCACCACACCCAUGUGGGGGUCGGGUAUCCCAUCUACGAUCCUUAUAGCGCAAUGCUUGUGAGCCACUCGGCGUCGUCGGCUGUAUCGAUGCACCCGUUUGUACCGAAGUGAUGGACAGUUUGACGAUUAUUUUUCAAAGCAAUUACAUUAAUCUUCUGAUCUUAUUUACAAUUGUUGUGAUUGAGAACAGACUAUUGACUGAACGCCACAACGAUAUUAACGAGACUUUUGAGACUUUAUAUACAAUUUUGAUGUUAUGAGUGAUAUUAACUGUAAUUAUAAACACACUUACGAUACAAAACCGUAAACUUAUUUAUAAUUAUCUAUAAUCAAUUUAUAGUAUUGUAAAUGAUUUGUUAAUAAUAGCGCUAAUGGUUUGACUGAAAGCCAGUAUUUUUGUCC